AUGAAAGGGCACGUUCGCCUGGUCAGGGGAGGUCAAGAACACUUUUGCUUUGUCGAGGCUGAUCUCGGGGCCGAUCUCCAAAGGGUAUCCUUUGAUGCGGUUAAGAACCAUUUGGAAAGCGGUUAUUUCCUCCCUAAGCACUAUAUCGUCAUCGAAUUUAAUAUCUGCAAACUAGCAGUCUACGGAAACUUGGUUACUGUGGGAGGGGUGCGUGUGGUUAUUGAUACAUGCUUUAUCCUUUUGGAACCACAGCGAGAUUUGGGGGGUAAGAGUGAAUUGGUUGCACUGGCGAGAGGUGUCGCCCGAUGUGCUCGAGAUAGACAAAUCGCUCUGCUCUCCACUCAACGAGACAUUUUACUUCGCAAACUUGCUGCAUCCAAGCUGAAACAAUCGGAUUCUUCGAAUGAACCGUCGUCAUCAGGGGCAACUGCAGACCUACUUGCGAAAUUACGAUCAAUUGAAGAUAGACUGGACAAAUUCCGCAGUCUUCCUCAGACACCACCAAAGAGAUUAUUUUCGGCUUUGACAUCUGUUUCGGUGGAUGCCAACUAUCACUCGAUCGGUCUUCAAACAACGGAAAUGGAGACAGUGUGGAAAGAACGCAUUUUUGAGGGAUACCACGGACCGAAGUUCAUUCGCGAGCACCAUGCCCAAACAUGGCGUGAACUUCUGACUUCAGCUGAAGAUCUACUUCGAUCAAGCGAAUGGCAAGAAAUAGCUGCAACUGACGUGCGGUCAUCAGUCUCACCUACAAAUCUUCGCUUGAUCUGGUUUCAUCGAUUACGACCUCAAUUAAACCACGGAAACUGGACGGAGGAGGAAGACUUUCGUCUGGUAAAACUAGUGGAACAGCACGGUCAGCGCGGAAAGUGGGAUAAAAUUGCUGAGGAGCUGGAUACCGGGCGUACUGCAUUCUCGUGUCUUCAACGUUGGCAAACGAAGCAUAAUCGAGAAUUCCAACGUGGACGCCCAUGGACUGCGGAGGAAGACACCGCUUUACUUGAUAUUCUAAAGCGGCUGCUUGAACACUAUCCUCCCACUCUGAUCGAUUGGCAGGUAGUUGCGGCGUUCCAUACAACCAGGGCUGCAAACGAGUGCCGUGCACGGGCCAAUGUGAUUAGCCCCGUAUUUUCCACCUUUCCCGUGCACUGUUUUGGUUCCAAGAUAUCUGCUGAGCAUAACCGAGACAUUCGACCCUAUACUUUGCGCCCAUUCACCCCGAACGAAGAUCUUCAAUUGUUGAUGAGCAUUCAACGAUAUGGUCUCGCUGGUGGUAAACUUGGUAGCGGUGGAGGUGUUGGUGUUGGAUCAUGGGCGGUUGUUUGUUCCGCUCUACCUGGACGUUCUCUGAGAACUUGUCAAAAUCGCUAUUUGGAAUUAUGUGAACAAUUCCAACCGUGGACAUAUUCCGAGGAUCGUAGGUUGUAUCAAAUGCGUCUGCAACUUGAACCCAAUGCAUGUGUGAUACAGAAGAAAGAGGCGUCACAUCUUAGACCUUUUACCAAACUUGUGAAACACUUCCCUGGUCGUUCGCUGCUUUCGUUGAGGCAUCGUUUUCUCCUGUUGUAUCGGUAUUCGCGCAUUUGGGGUGCCUUGAGAGAAGUGCUCAAUCAGCAGUCACGCACUGUCGAAGAUGACAGUUGGAAUGUUAUCCCUGAUUCGGAUCAGGCGCAAACAUCUUUGAAUACGGAACAAUGCGAUGGUGUACCGCUUACUGCACCAGAAAUGCGUCAACUUCUGUUGUAUUCUCCAUUCACCUGUUCAUUUGUUUCACGGUUGCGCAAACAAGGUAUUUCUAAUCCUGAAGCCGAGGCACUACGUUUGCUCAUGAAUUGGAAGAACGAUGGCUCGCAGAUGACCUCGGUGUCGGGAAUACCGCUAACAGUGGAUUCGGAAUUCUGUUUGCUGUUGCGGGAUUUGGCCAACGAUCAAUUAAUUCCUUGUCCUUUGGUUGCUGAUUUGCCUCAACAACCGAAGGAAAAUCAUUCGUCUCUUGUUGAAGUUGAAGAUCAAUUCAAAUCUGUCAUACCACCGUCACUGUUCUCAUCCAGACGGAUCAUCUCUCUUGUUCUGCUACUGGAACACCGCUACACAUAUCGGCAAGAAACUAUUAUUUUGUUUUUGGAUAUCAGAGCGGUCUGCGACUCUGAUUGCUUUGCCCUGUGUAUCUGUUUGUUGAGAUAUGAAGCACCCGAGAAGAAUAUCUUGCUUCUCAGAUCUCCGUAUCGUCAAAUCUCGGGGAAGACAAAAAACUUCCUCUUGAAGCCGGUUCGUAGAUGUCUGUUACUUUCAUUUCGUCGUUUUCUCGUUCGCGGUUCCAAACUGAGCCGAGUAUUACAGCCUCACAAUAUAGAUGCCAUAGUUGAAUCCACAGAAAUUCUGAAGGAGUUGAUGCAUGUUACCAAGUCCCAAUUCAGAGUGGGCACAUGGGAGCGGGCAAACGCCAUUGUACAUCUUCUGAGUGAUCGGCAUCGAUUUGGUGUGACGUUGGAUAAGGUGUUAAGACAGCCCAAAACCGCACGCGCUUUGGCAGCAAAAAAUACAAUGGCCGGUCUGCCAGCGAUUGCUCCGCUCGUCGCCAGUCAGAUGGUCCGUCAGGUUUGUGCUGACAAAAGGCAUACUGCUUCAUCCUCUGUGAUGGCUUUGGGGGACUACCCAAUGAACCAGAUGGAACAUGAACCAAGCACUUCGUUUGCUACGGAUGCAGAGGGGCCCACAGUGAAUGUCGGUACUGAUGUUGAUUCAGUUCUCUCACACUCCAAUGUGCCGAAAAUCAACGUCCCGACGGCAAGAAAACGAUCUGUUGCUUACAGUAUGGGCGGAGGAAGAGGUCAUCGAUUGCUUGAAAUUCGACGACUCCUUGAUCGGAUUGGUCCAAAUGGACAAGAUAUUUAUCUGCUCGGUAACGUGGGUUGGAUAAAUGAGAAAGAUAGACACUUGGCUUCCGCUUUAACCAAGCGAGAAACCAGUCACAUGCCCUUGAUGUUAAGAGAACUACCUAUCGGAAUCGGUCAUGACUGCUAUCGUGACGAUCGGGUAGUCAGUGGAGCAUGCCAUCAGGCCGCUAUCAGUUGCGUUCGUGAUGCCCUCGGCCUGUUCGCGGUGGAUAACUGUGGGAGUACACAAACUGUGGACGGGAAGGCUAUCCGUUCUGUUAAGACGCGUAUUCUUCCUCCAAAUUAUGCCACCUUAUUUAUGCUCAAAUCGUUGCUUUCAAACAUUCCCCAACUGGUCAGACGUUCGGAAAACUAUUUUACGAAUUUCGUUCGAACGCGGUAA